AUGCGUGAAAGUGUCAACGCCUGUGUGGACGUGGUUCUGUCCGGUGUGAAGCUGUUAGAAGCACUUGGGCUUGAACCUGGAGAUGGACAGAAUCAUGCAGUUUUGACCUCCAGGCAGGACCUGCAGGAAGCGUUCGCGCACUUCAUGGGCAAGGGCGCGGCUGCCGAGCGCUUCUUCAGCGACGCGGAGUCCUUCCACCACAUUGCACGGGCGGCCUCCCAGCACCCCGGGGCACAGCUCUAUGUGGGAGGAAAUGCUGCUCUCAUUGGUCAGAAGCUUGCAACAAAUCCAGACCUGAAGAUCCUCCUUUGUGGCCCAGUUGGUCCUAAACUCCAUGAACUACUUGAUGACAAUGUGGUUGUGCCACCUGAAUCCAUGCAGGAGAGAGAUGAAUUCCAUCUUAUCUUGGAGUAUCAAGCAGGUGAAGAGUGGGGACAGGUGAGAGCACCCAAUGCCAACCGCUUCAUCUUCUCCCACGACCUGUCAAAUGGCGCCUUAAACAUGUUGGAGGUGUUUGUGUCCAGCUUGGAUGAGUUUCAGCCAGAUCUUGUGGUGCUUUCAGGACUUCACAUGAUGGAAGGCCAGAGCAAGGAGAUGCGGCAGAGACGACUUAUGGAGGCUGUGGCUUCCAUCUCAGAUAUCCCCACGGACAUUCCCAUACACCUGGAGUUGGCCAGCAUGACAGAUCAGGAUUUUAUGAGCAAUAUUAUUCAUCAGGUCUUUCCCCUGGUCAACUCCAUUGGGCUCAACGAGCAGGAGCUGCUGUUCCUCACCCAGGCUGCCUCUGGCCCCCACGCCUCCCUUGUCUCCUGGAGCGGAGUUCCCGACGUGGGUGUAGUCAGUGACAUCCUCUUCUGGAUCCUGAAGGAGCACGGGAAGAUGGCAGAGAGGGCCUCUGACCUCACACGGAUCCACUUCCACACCCUGGCCUAUCACAUCCUGGCCACAGUGGACGGGCACUGGGGCAACCAGGCGGCGGCUGUGGCAGCCGGAGCCAGAGCCGCGGGGACUCAGGCCUGCGCCACCGAAACCAUUGACACCAACAGAGUCUUUCUUAAAGCUCCUUUGGAGUUUGACACCUCCCAGAUUGAGGCACCUUCCAAAAUCUCUUUAAAUCCAGAUGAGCCAGUGGUGCACUGGCACAGAGAAGGCAUCUCAUUCCAUUUCACUCCAGUUUUGGUGUGUAAGGAUCCGGUGCGGACCGUGGGGCUCGGGGAUGCCAUUUCAGCUGAAGGACUCCUGUACUCAGAAGUGUAUCCACAGUAG